UCUUCGCGUACGUUGACGCUACGCUACAGCAGGCCGUGGCGGUGAGUCAGUCGGCUGGACUCGGUGCCAGGCGACCAUCCGUUGCUGCUGAAUUCUGUCCCAGCGACGCGUUGGCUCAUGUGGAUGUAAUCUGGACGACGACUUGUUGUUUCUACCAUUUGUUCCUAUUUAUCGAUCGACCAAAAUGGGUUGCGCUGGAUUCACCUGCUCCAAACACUCGUUGUGCGCGCUCAACAUCCUUUACAUUAUGGUGAGCCUGCUGAUGAUUGGGAUAGCAGCUUGGGGCAAGUGGUUUGGUUUGGUCUCCAGUUUCCAGGUGGUCGGCGGCGUCGUCGGAGUGGGCGUCUUCCUCUUCUUUGUGGCUCUGGCCGGCCUCAUUGGUGCAAUGAAGCACCACCAGGUCCUCCUCUUCUUCUACAUGAUCAUCCUCUUCAUGGUGUUCAUCGUGCAGUUCUCCGUCUCCAGCGCCUGUCUGGCCAUCAACAAGGAGCAACAGGAUCAUCUGCUGGAGGUUGGCUGGAAUAACUCCCGCAGCACCCAGAGAGACGUUGAGAAGAGCCUCAACUGCUGUGGCUUCAGGCAGGUGGACGUCAACGCCACCUGUGAUGCCGCCUGUUUUCCCAAUCACUCGUGUUGGCCGUGCGCUGAUAAGAUCCAGGAACACGCUGACGAAGUGCUGCGCUUUGUCGGAGGCACGGGACUCUUUUUCAGUUUCACUGAGAUUUUGGGCGUGUGGCUGACGUAUCGCUACAGGAACCAGAAGGACCCUCGAGCGAACCCCAGUGCUUUCCUGUGAAACACCUCCAGUCCAGGCACCUCUCCGGACCUGUACAUAACAAUGCAACGCUCAUUUAGUGUGAUCUUCGCAUCUCGACACUGGAUGGUUAGUUCUCCACACCAGAGAGUGCUGCGAGGAACUGGAAAUACUGUGCGCUUGCAGUAUAUUUUGUGUGUUUGUGCAAAAAGUGUGUGCUUCUGGCUGUGUCCUAUGUGUAUUUGGGCUUUUGCAUGACUUGUAAAUAGAGGCAAGUGUGUCAGACAUGCGCUGGCGAUUUUGCAAAUCAUCUAUCUGCGACUUUGUACUGUCAAAACACAAUAAAACACUAAAGGAGGCAACGUUUGUCUUCU